AUGUUGCCAAGAAUUUAUAGACCGAAAAAGAUAAUAGGAUGCAGCCGGAGCUACAAUCGGCUGCAACGCAGAAACUUUUCAUUUGAACCAGUUUCAGAAGGAUUGAAGCAUGCGUCAGAGAUGCUGAUACAGGUGCAUGCAGACUCGCUGUUGCCGUGGUGGGUCUUCAUUCCCUUGGCUACGUUCACCAUGCGGACCUGCUUCACGCUUCCCAUUGCCAUAUAUCAGAGACGUGGGCUGCGGAAACAGAACGAACUAAGACCAAUCAUCCAGGCAACUACCCCGGUUUUACGUGCCAAACUUGCAUCCGUUGCGCAGGCGGAACAAAUCAAACGACAGAAAGAGAUCGCCAGAGGGAUCAAAAGCCCCGUGCCUAACGAGAAGGCGACAUUGACGGCAGACAAGAUAAUGAUACUGGCAGCCAAGGAGAAAUACAAAAGACAAAAAGCAUUGUUUAGGCAGUAUGGCUGCCAGACAUGGAAAAUGAUGGUGCUUCCAGCGGUGCAGAUACCGCUCUGGGUCUCCUUCUCGUACAUGUUCAGAACAAUCACCGGCUGGACGGAUUUUGGGAACAAGUCCAACAUCGACAUGUCUUUGACAGAUGAACAUUUUUUACACUUGUACGACCUAUCGGUAAGCGAUCCAUAUUUCAUACUUCCAAUCACCUUGGGUGUUGUUGCGUUAUGUAAUGCUGAAUGGAACUUUAAAACAGCAGAUCUCAUGCAACUAACCACUAGAGGAAAGAAGAAUACGCUAAGACCAACGGCAUUCGAUGUCAUUAUAACCUUGUCUCGUGCAUCGUUGAUAUUUUUGACUGCGGUGGCCACGCAAGCGCCAGCAGCUCUUGUCAUGUAUUGGAUAAGCUCGAACUCCUAUUCCCUUUUACAAAACAUCUUGAUGGACCGGUUUCUACCUCUCAGGUAUAGUCCUUAUGAACGUUUUACGAGAACUGGCAGUCUCCCAAAAGACGCAAAACCACUAGUUAGAUACUACUAG